CUGGCCACGAUGUGUAAGCAACGUAUGGUUUCCAGUGUAACUAGAGUGUUAGUAUGUAGUCUCCGUGCGCCUUUCAAUAGGUACUUUUAUUGUGUCCUGGGUAAAGAGCUAAGUGACAAUUUCUGAUAUGGACCGUGCAGUGAGCUUGUAGAAUUGUAAGUGUGUUUGUAUCAAUCAUUUAUAUGAUGAGUGUUAAACUUGACUGACACUUCUUAGUUUCGUUUUGUCGUGUGAACCAGUAUCAUGUUAAAAAAGUAAAGCGUAACCGGAACCUGAUCAUGAGUUUCAGGUGUGCAGGAUGACAGAUAAGAGCAAAGUGCUGUAUGUAAAAUGUAAAUAAUACCGGAUUUCGUUAUCGGUGAGGUCACGUCGGCAUUUCUACUUAAAAUUUGUCGCUUUAUAAGUGUGUGAUACGUACGAGUGUGUGCGGUAUAUUUGACGAGCCGCGUGUCAUUCUCGUGUGAUGGUGUAGCUUUAUUGAAUCCAAUGAAGCAUGCCUAUCUUGCCAGAUCUUUGUUGCUGAGGUGGAACCGUUAGAUUUGUCACAUCGAGUCGUUAUCAUUAAGGUAGGACGCACAAAAUCAGACGCACAAUUGUUGACAUACCGCUGUGGGAUAGGCAAUACUCGGUGGGAGAGACGCGUGGUCUAUUAUUUUGUGUGUGUUAUCAAGCGCGAAGUGUCGGUCCACAGUGCCGUAUAUUGUUUAUCUGUCGCAAAAGGUACUUGUGGGCAACUGCCUCGUUUAUGGAACUUAUUACACACGUCCAAUUUAUUAUCAGGAAUGUUUGUUUUGUCUGGGGUAAAGCGCUUGGUGACAGUUUCUUUUAGAAGUUUUAUCUAUUUCAUUUAAAUUGUAUUCGAGUUUCCAAUAUUUUUUUGUGAUACGGUGUUACUUUCACAUUGAAUUCCAAUUCUAUAAUAAUUUUAAACAAAUCCGCUGUGUGUUGAGACCUCUGUGUUCGAUAACUUUUACAAACCUAUUGCGCUCAUAACCCUCGUUUGUGAUUUUCAAUUCUAUCGGUUCCUAGUGGAUUAUUGUUUACACUCCGCGGACGCCAUGCUACGUUUUACGAUUUGAAUUGCAGAAAUUCAGUCAUGUAUGCAUGUGCCAUUCUGUGGAUUUUAUUUCAUUGUGUGUUAUGUGAGGAUGAAUCCCUGGCGGCACCACUAAAGGCGGGUUUAGGCGCUCGCCGUAUCGCCCGUAAGGAGGGGGAUGUGAUUUUCGGGGCGUUGCUACCCAUGCACAAGAAACCACCGGAAACGACUGUAUACACUCGUUCUUGUGGGAAAAUAUGGGAACAGUACGGCAUCCACAGACUGGAAAUAUUUUUGGAAACUGUUGAUAAAAUAAAUGCAAGUCCCGACAUUCUUCCCAAUGUUACGGUCGGGUAUGAUAUUCGAGACUCGUGCUGGUAUUCGCCAAUAGCGCUAGAACAGAGCAUUGAUUUUAUUAAAGAUUCGUUGGCGAAUUUAGAUGCAGAGGAAGCUCGCCAAAAUAACUCAACGCCUAAAGGAGAUUGUAAAACGGAAAACCGGAAGCCUAUUGUUGGCCUUAUUGGGCCUGGCUCCUCUCACAAUACCAUACAGGUACAGAACUUGCUUCAGAUCUUCCAUAUCCCACAAAUCGGUUUCUCGGCCACAAGUAUGGAGCUGAGCAAUAAAAACUUGUAUGGCUAUUUUUUGAGAGUGGUUCCCUCGGACAAAUACCAGGCUCAGGCCAUGCUGGACAUUGUCAUUAGAUACAACUGGACAUACAUAUCAACAGUCCACACGGAUGGGAACUAUGGUGCUCGUGGACUUGCGGAGUUUCACAACCUGGCAAGAAAUAGCAGUGUAUGUAUCGCCAACACUGAAAGCGCUCCCUCACGAAAGGAUCCGCAUGUAUUUGACGCACUGAUCCGGCGCAUGCUCGUUACAAAAAACGCCAGGGUUAUUGUUUGCUUCUGUGAGGGCGCCACUGUCACAUCCCUGUAUAACGCGACCAGAAGGGUGAAGGGCGCGCAAGGUCAUUUCCUAAUUCUAGGAAGUGACGGAUGGGCAGACAGACCGGAUGUUGUGGAAUCCAUAGAAGAUGCCGCGGCUGGAGGCCUGUCAAUGAAGCUCCAUUCUCCUAUCAUCCCCGCAUUUGAUAAGAAAUUCAAAGCUCUGAAUCCGUUCCUAAAUGACAGGAAUCCGUGGUUCAAAGAAUUUUGGCAGGAGAAGUUCAGCUGUACCAUUCCAGGCGACGAAGACGCGAAAGCAGAAUUCAUUAACAAAACCUGUACAGGGAGAGAGAUACACCAGGACUUUGUUCAGGAUUCCAAGCUAGGUUUUGUGGUAAAUGCCAUGUAUACAAUGGCUAAAGCACUCCACAACAUGCACCAGGACAUCUGUGGGGACUAUCCCGGAUUAUGCCCGGAAAUGAUUCCCCUUGAGGGUCGCAAGUACAAGGAGUACCUUCUCAACGUUUCCAUGGUUACAUACAGUAAUGACGACCUACACUUCGACAAAAAUGGCGACCCGCCGGCGAGGUACGACAUCAUGAACUUUCAGAAGUUUGGGGAGGGUGCAAACGUGACUUAUGGUUACGUCAAAGUGGGUGAAUGGAAUACUGGGCACCUGGACAUGAAUGAUUCCAAAAUAUAUUGGCUUAAUCGUUUGAGUGGGGAGGCACAUACGAUGUCCGUCUGUAGUCAGCCGUGCUCAAUCGGAAACAUAAAGAACAUAGAGGGAAACACUCGGUGUUGCUGGACGUGCAUUCCCUGCGAGGAAAAUGAGUUUAUGAUGGAUGAAGAGACGUGUAAAUCGUGCAGCAAGGGAUGGUGGCCUAACGAGGACCUGACAGCCUGCAAGAUGAUAGAGACAGAAUACCUGAGCUGGUUUGAUACCGAGGCCGUUGUAGCAAUAUCCUUGGCAUGUUUUGGGAUCUUUGUAACACUUUGGAUCACCGUCAUAUUCAUCCGCCAUCAUAACACACCUGUAGUAAAGGCAUCGACAAGAGAACUUAGUUACAUAAUUAUGUUUGGGAUAAUCACAGCAUUCUGUUGCAACUUCGUCCUUGUAUCAAAACCCACCAUCGUGUCCUGUUACUUCACCAGAAUCCUGCCCGGGUUGUCUUUUUCAUUGAUUUAUGGGGCUUUGGUGACUAAGACAAAUAGAAUCGCUCGGAUUUUGGAAGGGACGAAAAAGAUUAUCACCAAAAAACCGCGGUUUAUGAGUGCGUCCGCCCAAGUCAUUAUCACGUGUAUCAUUGUUGGAAUAGAGUGUGCCAUCAUAACUGUUAUGUUGAUCAUAGAGCCGGCUGAUUCCAAACUCGACUACCCGACCAACAAACGGGUGCGACUCGUGUGCAACACCACAACUCUCGGCAUCGUGGUCCCAUUUGGGUUUGAUCUUGUACUGAUCCUGAUGUGUACACUAUAUGCCGUGAAGACCCGUAACCUGCCAGAAAACUUUAAUGAAGCGAAGUUCAUAGGCUUUACCAUGUAUACAACCUGUGUGAUAUGGCUGGGAUUUUUUGCCAUCUAUUUUGGCAGUGAAGCUCGAGUGCUUACUAUGUCUGUUUCUAUCAGCCUGAGCGCUUCAGUCUCACUAGUUUUGUUGUUCUUUCCGAAAAUUUAUGUAAUCGUUUGGGCUCCUGAAAAGAAUACUCGAAGCGCCUUCACCACUUCCAAAGACGUUCGAUGUCAUAUAGGCUCCAUCUCCUUCCAUUCCGCGGAGAGUGUUGACAUGAUGAGGGAUAAGAAAACCAUGGAUGGUAAAAAUGCCUAUCGACGCCGGUCGGUCUUUGGAAAGAGCCGUCAGAAACCAAAGGACAGCCUUAUGCGCCACCAGAGCAUGUCCCUACCACCGAACAUCCGCCUCAACCGACAGAACUCUACACAUGUGCAAGCCACUAACUCCAACUCCAACUCCAAACAGAAGUUUCCGUGGACCACCAAGGAUCGAACCCCGUCCGAGGACGCUGAAGACAGGCUGAGUACCAUUAGUUCUAAAGAGGAGUCGCAUAGCCAUGGCAGUGACAGGCGGAAGUCGGGCGUCACCGGAAACGGAAAUAACAAGAAACAGGACUCGCAGUGUCAGACUGACAAUGGUAUGUUUGAGGAAUACUUGGCGCGCUCUCGCAGCGAUCGGGUCGGAAGUUCACUCAGAAGUCGAGCAUCAACUGGGAGAAAUUCUGAAGGAGCUCAAAGAUGUGGGUCCGAUAGCUCGAUAAAUAGCGAUGAAAUAUUUCUGUCGUUGCCUCCAAAUAACGCACAUGAGAGACGGGGGAUGUACAAAACAUCUCCUAUACAUGGCGACAGGAGUCCGCUUCUAAACGAAAGCGUAACACCAGACAAAUGUUACGGAAAUAGCCUUGUGGCAACACUAGAACCGUACGGUCAUACUAUCAUGUCAGAUUAUCAAAGACAAGACGUACCUCCUCGAGUGAAAAGUGUUAGCCCAUACAAUACAGUAUAUGACAAUGCACAUUCAAAUCCCGAUCAUCGCAUUGAAUGUAGCGCUAAUACUUUUCUUCAUCCUAGUCCUAAGCCUCUCAGAGGUUCAUCUGAUCCUGUAUUUCAACCACGUUUUUCAAAUGGCCCCUUCUUAACAGCCACUGUCUCUGCGCCUUUAGGAUCUACCUACCAGUUGAAACCGGACGAAAGUUCUCUCUAUGGACGUCGCCAUAGUGACAACAGUGCCCUCAUUAUGAUCAGUAACCCGGAAACGGUUGUUUCAAAUCCGCAAAGGCGGUACACGACACCGAAUCGUCGACCUUUGCCACAAUGUGACCAAACACAGACCGAGGCUUGUGAACCACUGUUAGAAAGGGACUCUUCAGACCUUUGUAAUUCUUCGCCUGUUUAUUUUUCCCAUUCUGAUUGUAUCAGAGAUAGUAGACUCUUACCUCCUGACAGAAAGGCUGAUUACAUCAAAUUGCCGCCAGAAAAACACGUCUCAUCUAGUGCCUUGACUCCGAUCCCUGCAGGGGCGCCAGGUUUGAACUCCUACAGGCCCACCAGUAGCGCUACCUCCCCAUCUCCAGAUAGUACCAUGUCGACAGGUUUAGGCAAACUCGAGGAGGAGGAAGUUUCCAUGAUAUCAUUUCAUUCUUACCUAAAAAGUCGCGGAGUAGACUUGGAUAUGUCUUCCGUACAGUCAAGUGACGUAUAAAAUACGUAAUCAAACACAUCCUUUUUAGUUUGUUCGGAGUUAUUUUCCCUCCGGAAAACUUAUGUGUUUUUUUCUAAAAGAAUCUUUUAAUUAAUGAGUAUUUUACUCGACAGGAACACAAACAUUUUUCAAAGGUGCAAUUCAAUGCAAAGUUGCAAAAAUGCAGAAUGUUUUCCCGAAGCAUGUUAUGUAAAAACUAAUCUAAUAAAAUUAAGCAUCAAAAACAGGUUAAGCUCAUAAAAUCACUGAGAGCUGCGAAUGACUUUCUAAGAUUUGAAAAAUUCUCUGUUGACAAGGGCGAGGUAACUUAAGAUGUCGUGGGACUUUGUGUGACGAAUUGCUUUGCAGAGAAUACAUGUGUAAUGCCCCAUUCGUUGUUAUUUCCAAGAAGAAAAACUCACUCUUGAGUUAAUGGCAAUGCGUGCAUUUGUAUUGAUUUCACGUAAUGAUUUUCUAAAUGUUUUAUCAAAAGAAAUUGAAUAUGAGAGGAGAAUAAAAUAGCAGAUUAGUUGUUGUAGCUGAUGACUGAAUGACUUAGAACCUAUGAAAGCCUUCCCUGUUUACAUGUAGUGAACGAUACCUUGUGUUGUCGUGCUAAAUUUCAAUGUGCCAUUAAAUUCUAUUUCCUUUUCAA